AUGGCUCAGCCUCAAUCCUCACCCUCCACCUCUGCCACCACAACGACAACCGUCAGUUCAAGCUCGCGCACUGCCGUGUCCCAAACGCCUGCUUUGGAGUCGCCACAGUUCCCUCCCACCUGGCUCAACUGGGAAGGUGAUAGAGAGUACGUUUCUGCGCUCGUAUCCGUUCCGGCUCAUUGGAAGCUUACUUCACGGCCCUUUUUCGGUUCACUACCAUUACCUCUGGUACUGGAUGCCCGCGGCUUCAGGGAGUCAGUGCAAGCGUUGUACAAUGACACGAAAAUCCCUCCUGAGGAGGCUACUCCUCCUAUUAAUGCACCUCAGGGAUUAUUGUUCGAAUGGUGGGUAGUGUUCUGGGACAUCUCCCGAGCUCGGAGACAGUCGACCUCGGCCAUACCCGUUGGGUCCGACGCUGCGCAUGCCUACUUGUUCCACCAAGCCAAAAAAGGGGAGCAACAACAACAGCAGCAGGAGGUGCAGAUGCGUAUUAACGCCCAGCAACAAGCACCUCCGCAGUGGGCACCUCAAGUACCCCAGCUGGGUGCCGGUAGACCUGGUUUCCCGGGUGCCACUCAGAUGCAAGGAAUGAAUCUCCCCGUAUCUAUGCACUUCGCCCCUCGCGGCGUUGUGAAUGGAAAUACACAGAUGCCGCAACCCGGCAGAUCAUACGUCGCACAACCAGUACAGGUAAACUCUUCUCAUCUCAUCGCAGGGGUGGGGUCGUCGGCAGCUCAAAAUUCUGGUGCCCCUCAGCCUGGGCAACCGUCACAAAUCACUCAAAUGAGCAUUGCGAAUGCCCACAAAUUCGCCCAAAACGGUCUCACGAUUCACCCUCCUGCUUCCCAAUCUCAGCAACAGUCCCAGCAAUCAGGAGGCCAGCCUCAACCAACUCACAGCUAUCAGCAAUCAGCUGUUAAUCGGGGGAUCUUCCCUGGAUCUUCACAGCAGAUCCCUGCAGCGAACCAAUCUCCACCGCAAAGUAACCCUAAUUCCAACUCCUCUCAACACCCUCAGCAAGCACCUCAGCCCAACCCUCGGUCCUACUCCGAGUCGAACGUGAACGCGGCGUCGACACCUGCUUCCCUCCAGACAAGUCUCGUCCGUCAACCUGGUCAACUACCGCAGCCCCAGCAGCCACUCCAGCAACACCCUCAACAAUAUGGAGCGACUCAAGCACAAGCACCAACACCUCGACCACCUCAGCAGGUCUCGACGGCCCAGACGAACCCGGCUUAUCCCCAUUCCGCAUCAACCACGCCCGCACCUAAUCAACCAAACAUCGCUAUGGCGCAGGGCCAACCCAGUCCGAGCCGCGAUGCCAUCUUGUCACGCCCUCACUCCCGUCCUCACUCACAGCCGCAAAGCGCGCAACCUGCGGCAUAUCCUACGUUCGGGCAGUAUGGUUCGGGCCCGGGUGGCGUGUUUGCGCCACCUGGGUUAGGGCUACAAGGUCCAGGGACGUCUAGGGAGACGGCGAUGGGCAUACUAGGUCUAGCUAUUAAAAAAGAUCUCAGUGAAGGUGGAUCCGAGAUCGAUGUUCAAAGUCAGCCUGGGACGCAGAAGGUCACACCUCCCACUCGCCCUUUGGGGCGACCGGGGACCAGUGCCCCUUCUUCGUUUGUGGCUCCGACCACUGGGGGGUCAACGAAUUCCUCGGGGCCUCAUCCGCCCCAGCCUCCCAGUGCUAGUAUCCCGCCAGGGCAUGUGCAGGCGGGUGUGAAAAGACCUGGGUCUCCGUCAGGCCAAUAUGGUCAAGAUAGUAAUCAGGACGCUCGUACACCUGACCUGAAACGUCAACGACGGAACUCCCUCUCCUCGGAUCGCGUAGGCAACUCCACUGGAACCACUCAGAUCAAUCCAGGCCAAGGUCCUAGCAAUCCCCAGGCACCAGGGUAUUCUACUUUCACUGGAGCCUACAGCACUCAACCUCGGGCACCCAUUGCAUACACUCAGCCUCGACACAACAUGCCGAUGAAUAAUGGAGGACCGGGUCAAGGCCAAUUCCUCCAACAUCCGAUGGCGCAACGAAUCCCGUCUGCUCCGAAUCCAGGAGCUGGCGCCAAUACUUCUUUCAUGAGGCCUACGGGACCCUCACAAAACCAAUCUCCGAAUCAACAAAACCCUUCACAACCCCAGCAGGGUCACCCGCAAGGACCGCUGCAAGCCCCCCAGCAGCAACAAUCGGCCAUACAAUCAUCCACUCCAGGGAAUCCAAUGCUAGCCAAUGACUCGAAUCGUCAGGCACCUCAAGCGCUUAGCACUGAUGCCCAGUCGCAAGUUGCAACACUGAAUCGCCCACCAAAUGGGAAGCCGAGGAUGGGCGGGGUGAUGGGCUCAAUCGGUGCGUUAAGCGCUGGUAGAGGUUUCUCUUCGCCAUCGAUCCCGCCUUCUGCUAUUGGGCAGAAGACCAUGAUGCCACCUCCUCAAACUUCGGGGACUUCGGCGCCGGCACCACCAGGUGCGUCGAAAGAGAAAGGGAAGGAUAAAGAUGAACCAAUGCCCUCGAUGCCUCCGGAAGCACAAAAUGGGACAAACACAGCUAUUGCACUUUCACCCAUGAUUAAGAACCCGGACGGACAAAAGCCUUCAACGCCCGCACCUUCAUCGACCACUUUCUCGCAUCCUUCCAUCUCGCCCGUGACAGCAGCCACGUCAAAUACACCCGGUGCGACGAUCAACACUGCCAUCGACACCAACCAGCCGGGUGGUUCGAUCACAGAACGAUUGUCUUAUUCUGGCCCCAUUUCUCAACCAUCUGGAUCGGUACCCUUGUCGUAUACGGAUGACCUUACGAUGUCGACUUACUUCACUGACUAUUCGGACCUCGCCGGUAUGAGCGAAUUCUUCGAUGUGCCGUUCCAGGAUUAUCUUGAUAUGAGUGCAGGAAGUGGAGGUGACAUGGAUGAUGUACCUGUUACAUCCUAA